CAGCGGUUACCACUCCUAAAAUUUUGAUGAGGCCCAAUCCUCAGGAAGCUAAACCAUGUGAGGGGUGGCAACCAGGAAGCUAGGCUACGGAGAAUCCAGGAGUGGAGGAACUGGUAGGGCCUAUAGACAAAUAAGUUCUUCAGUUUGUCUUCAGCUUUAUCUUCGAGACGGAAGGACGCUCAAAUUGCCUGAUGUCGUUUCUUAUGGUAGAUUGAUACCGAGUCUCAGAGAAGGAGAGGUCACAACAGCCGAGGGUGAUAAGAAUGCUGUCUUUUUUGAUACCCUCCCCUCACGGUUCUUAACAGCAUAGCAUUCAAAGAAGUGAAAAUCCUGUCCCUUGCUUCUUUAUUCCUUAACGAAGUUUCUAAGGCCCUAGAAAAAAGAACGGAAAUAAAAAAAACAGCACCCCGCCCCAGUAGUAGAAAAGGACCUUAAUGAGGAAUAACUCUCGUCUCGUCGAUCCAAACCCCGACUGUUUUGAAAGGUUAAAAAACAAAACGAAACAAAAACCCAAGGACUUAGGGAGAUGGCAAUUUGGCCAAGUCACACUUGACCUAGAUUCCAAAUCUCCCUUCCUUCACCACCUUCACUCUGAGAUUGUUUCAGAACUCUGCAGGCAGAUUCGGCUGGAUGGGAACCUUGGUAAAGAGAGUAUUCAAGUACCUUGCUCAACAGCUGACUUCAACAAAAAUAAAGAUUUUAAAGACUGUCUCCGAGACGGGAAGCCGAGCGUAGGAACCAUUUAGCUCAAGUCAAGCACCCACUCGGACUCAGUUUUUUGCUUCUCAGGAAGUAGGGGGCAAACUCGACCUGCCGGAAGUGCUUUUCUGAGAAUCGCUGGUUCUUCCUGUAGCUCAGUUUACCGCGAGACCGCAAGCUACUGGCAAGUAUCAAGUCCGUCACCGCAACAUGCUUCUGAUUCAGCCCCUCUACUAAGCUGUAUAAAUGUUAAUCAGAACUGCUUGGCAUCUUCGUGAAGAAGACUUUCAAUAGGAGCCAGUAUGCUUCACCUCAUUCAGAAGUUUUCUCAAGCAUCUUCAAAGAUGCUGACAUGUUCUUUCACAAUGAGACUAGGAACCAACAGGAGAACAGAUACAUUUUCUCUCAAGACAGCUCUACAGUGGGAUCUUUCUUCUUUAUUUCCAAGACCUCGGUGUUUUCCUUCAGUUCCAGUGUGUAUGAGGAAGGCACAAUACUACCAUACAUCCCCAUGCAGCUUUAAGAAGAAGCAAAAGCAAGAAGUACUUCCAGCGAGGCCACCAGUCACCAUCACAUACCUGACUAAAAGCCCAAAGCCGGCGCUAUAUAUAACUCUGGCAGGACUAAUCCCUUUUAUUGCUCCACCCCUAAUCAUGGUGAUGACCAAGUCUUAUAUCCCUGCAUUAGCUUUCACUCAGAUGGUUUAUGGAGCCAGUUUCCUGUCUUUUUUGGGAGGUAUCAGAUGGGGUUUUGCUCUGACAGAAGGUAGUCCAGCCAAACCAGACUACCUUAAUUUAGCUAACAGUGUAGCUCCUGUUGUGUUUUCAUUGUUUGCUCUCAUUUCUGAAAGCCUCAAUGAAGCCAUAGUCACAGUAAUAAUAGGUUUGGGGAUAGCAUUACACACUGAAGUUUUUCUCUUGCCGCAUUAUCCCAACUGGUUCAAAGCCCUGAGGAUAGUAGUCACUUUAGUGGCCUGUUUUUCAUUUGUAGUCACUUUACUACUUCAAGAUACAUAUACAGAGAAAGGGCACAAGAGACCUGUCAAAUAGAAUAAAUAUAAAAGUAUUUUCUUGAUAACAUUAUUAUGUUGGCUACACAUAUUUUCGUAUGUGAGAAGGGAGGGUGGGGUGCUAGGGAUCAAACCCAGGGCCUUGAACAUGGUUGGCAAGCACUUUGCAAUUUUGGGCUGCUCUCCCAGCUCCCUGCCUAUAGACUUUCUAAUGUUGUAUUUUGAUAUCUUUUUCUAUUCCAUUUGCUCUCCCUCACAGUAAUAAUUUAUUCCUCAUAGAUUGUUCUGUAUUUAAGUCAUUUCUACUAAUUACUUGAGCAAGAACUUGAAAAUCCCACAAAAGUCCUUGUCAUUAGGUUAAUUUACAUUCAGUCUUUAUGAAUUACAUAUUCACUUAAACAUUUCAAUGGUUUUUUGUUUGUCUGUUUGCUUUGGUACCAGAGAUCGAACUCAGGACCUUGUGCUUGCC